GUCAAAAACGAUGAAUCAAAGGUUUUCGUGACAGCCUCAGUAAAAUUGCUUUCUUAGCUGAUCUGAAACAUUGUUCACAGUUGUGAACUUGGCUUUGGCGCAGAUUCGGUUUUGCCACCACCCAAACAUGAAUAGAUUUGUUACCAACUUCAUCAAAAUAUAAAUGUAGCGAGUAAUUUGGACCCACUCAUUACCAUCGUUUUCUUCUUUGCAUGGCAAAUACCUUCCUUUUUUAUCUUGAGUCCCAGUAAUCCAUUUUCACUACCGCUAUUCGCAGUGUUUUUUGUUUUUUUUUUCUCUUACCUGACCUACCUGACAGGUGUAGUGUUUGUAAAUAAUGUCUUUGCCGGUUCUUUCAAAAUGGUAUCAAAUUUCAUUAAGUUUUGUAUGUCAUUUUUAAAAAAUGACUGCAAGUUUGUCUUCGGGAAAACUUUGUCCACCUCAUCUGGAUUAAACUAAUGUCAGUUAUAGCGUAGAAGAAUUAUCUUAUUAUUUACCAAUAAAAUUAUGGUGUAACAAGUUUGGCAGGACCACAUUUCAAUAGUAUUUUUAGAUUUCUUCCUGCAUCUAACAUGCUGACAUUGUUCCCCACUGACGCCACACCAGUGAGCUCAUUAGAAAUGUAUUUUGCCAGCAAGUGGCACUGGUAUUCUGCGCUGUCCCUUGUGUUGUUAAAUUGUGCUUCAAACUGUGCUCUUUCUUCUUCUACAACAUCCGAAUUUGAUGAAGAUUUUGAAAGGACGACGUGGAAUGGGGUGUCACUUGUGGAAGGGGGAGAGGAAGCCACUGAAGUUAUCAGUACAUUGAAAGCGCAAGAAAAUCAAGGCAACAGAUUAUUCAAUAAUCAAAGCCAUGUUAAGAAAAAAGUGGAUGAAUUGGGAGACAUAUUGAAAAAGAAAGUAGAGAUGCUUCAAAUGCGUGAUAACAGGAAGUUGGACAUAGUUUUUUUAAUUGAUGCUUCGUCAAGUAUGGGUGAUGAAAAUUUUAUCAGUGAGCUCAAGUUUGUCAAAAAGUUGCUAGCAGACUUCACAAUAGCUGUGAAUGAAACAAGAGUUGCUGUAAUCACGUUUUCUGAUCCAGAUAAAGUGAUUCGUCAUAUUGAUCACAUAACUGAUCCAUCUUCAGAAAACCAUAAGUGCAACAUGUUACAUAGCCAUCUUUUGAACAUUAAUUACACAGGUGGUCUGACCUACACACUAGGAGCAUUACUUGAAGCACAGGGAGUGUUGAUGCGGUCAAGAGAGGGAGCUCAAAAAGCAGUCUUCCUUAUCACAGAUGGAUUUUCAAAUGGGGGUGAUCCUGUGCCAGUAGCUCAGAUCCUCAAAGAUAAUGGAACUUACAUUUUUACUUUUGGCAUACAAUCAGGAAAUAUUAUUGAGCUUCAAAAUAUAUCCUCACCUCCUGCUGAGCAUUUUUCUUAUUUUGUAGAUAGUUUUGGCCAAUUUGAAGCUGUGGUAAGAAGAGCUCUUCAUCAAGAUCUUUCCUCUGGGUUUUACCAAGUCCUAACCGACAUGGCUCCCUGCAAUUUAUUAUGUUCUGCCAGAAACUCUAGUGGCUGCUGUGAUGCCCAAGCUCGUUGCUCAUGCGGCACUGGGACGGGGCACUAUAGAUGCCUUUGCAACCCUGGCUACUAUGGCUCAGGAUUAAAAGACUCAUGCACACCUUGUCCUAGUGGAACAUACCAUGAUGGUCUGUCAGCAGGUGAUGAGUCAGUUUGCCUACCAUGUCCUGACCCUAAUCACAUCACAAACGUAGGGAAUGCGUCAUCAAGAGCCAGCUGUGUGUGCAAAAAAGGCUUUGCUGCUCGUGGUGACUUUUGUGAAAUCAUAACAUGCCCACCCAUUUAUCCACCAGAAAAUGGAUAUUUUGUGAAAGGAGGCUUGUGUCAAAGGGUCUUUAAUGCCGCUUGUGGAGUGAGGUGCAAAGCAGGCUACACCUUACAUGGGUCAAGUAUACGUCUUUGUCAGGAAAACAGCACUUGGUCUGGAAAAGAGCCAAAGUGCAUUGUGAAAAUGUGUCCUAAUCCAGAGAUGCCUCAAAAUGGAGAUCUGAAAUGCUCACUUCCACCCUCUAUGUCAAAUGAUUUUUUGGAUCCUGCAGGAGACGAUUCUAAAUCUCUUCUUUAUGCUGUUGAUACAGAGUGUCAGUUCACAUGUAGACCUGGUCAUUUACUUGUUGGAUCUAGACGACGCAUUUGUCUCCCUUUGGCCCGUUGGGAUGGACUCCGCACUGUGUGCAAACCUAUUACGUGUCGGCCUCUGCCUAAAGUAUUCAAUGGAUUAGUCACACCUCUAUCCUGCACAGCCUCUUCAAAGCUUCCUUUUGGACAGAGGUGCAAUAUAAGUUGUGAGAAAGGCUACAAACUAGUGGGCCCAAUUUCUCGUAAGUGUGGCGGGAAAGGUGGGCAGUGGUCAUUAAAGUCAAGUGCCAGCAAGUGCCUAGAUGAAGAGCCUCCUGCCAUUUUGUGCCCUGCCAAUAUUGAAACAUCAUCUGAUACUGGUGAGGCAUUUGCCACAAUUGUGAUUCCUUCUCCUGUAACUUCCGAUAAUUCUGGCCAGCCACCUUUUGUCUGGUCUCAACCUACUUUGUCCUUACCCAUGAAAAUACCAAUAGGUAUCCUUCAAAUUACCUUCAUAGCUAUGGAUUCAAGUCACAAUCAAGCUCAGUGUAAUAUGACCAUCACUGUGUUAGACAAGGAACCUCCAAUGAUUGAAACCUGUAUAUCUCCCAACCAUAUUCAUCUCAUGGAAACUGGGGGCAACCGCACUGUCUCUUGGUUAGAGCCAGAAUUCUAUGACAAUUCAGGAAAAAAGCCGAGAGUGGUGAGCUCACAUUCUUAUGGGGAAUUCCCUGUUGGUAAAACGGAUGUAAAAGUUGUGGCAAUUGAUGAAUCUGGUAACAAUAGUACUUGUGUGCUUGAAAUUGUUGUGGAAGAUAGUCCAUGCAGGCAUCAGCCUCCUCAUGCCACAACCGUUUGCAACCUUGACGGUGAUAUUUCAAUCAACUGCUCUACAACAUGUCAUGAAGGCUAUGUGUUUGAUAUGAAUGGCAUUGAAGAAACUGAUUUUUUAACCAUGUAUGAAAAUGGCUCCUUGUAUUUUUCAUGCCCUGUUUCGAAAAAUGAAAAGUACAAGCAAUUUAUUGACUCUUUCACUCUACCCCAAUGUAGAGAAACUGUGUUGCCAAACAGCAUAUCUCAAGAAGGAGAGAUGACAUUCAUUGCGAAUAAGGGUGCAUGCAGUGACAGGGAGCUGUUAUCAAAGGUAAAACACUUAGUGCAGCUAGAGCUCUCUAGAAGAUCAGAAGAUAUUUGUAAUACAACUGAAACAUCAUGUAACAUUCUUAAUACAAAUGCAACCUGUGAAGAAAUUGCCUCCCUUGAAGAAGAGGAAACAAAUACUAUUCACCACAGAAAACGUAGCAUCGGUUCAUUGUCCUCGAAAGAGUCCUAUGAAUCAAAAUUUAGAAGAAGAGAUACAACUGCAAGGUCAUCUGCCAGCAGCAUUAAUAUUCAAUUUACUGUGAACACUCAGUUUCAUACAGAGGAGCCAGAAGCAAGACAGCUAGGAAAUGGUGGUUUGAGCCAGUUAAAGGAUUCUCUUAGCAGAAGCUUAAUUACCCUUCCACCAAAUAUCAGCAAGCAAACAAUGUACUGGAAAGGAAAAGAAGUGUUGACUUGUGCCAAUGGAAGUGUGCCUCACAGCUCAGGCUUCUGCGUGAAAUGUCCUGCUGGAUCAUUUUUCACAACCCCUCCUCACAAAUGUCUUCCUUGCCCGCUUGGAAAGUAUCAAAAUUUAAAAGGACAGUCAAGUUGUUUUAGCUGUCCUAAUGGAAUGUCUACUAGAUAUGACAGCUCUCAGAGUGUACUUGAUUGUAAUUAUCUUUGUCAGCCUGGCACAUAUGGACGUACCUUCAAGUCAGGAGCUCAAAAUGGAAAUUCAGUUUCUCCAUGCUUUCCAUGUAAUACUGGCUCAUUUCAACCGAACUAUGGAGCAACUAACUGUCUACAGUGUCCACCAGGGCUGCAUUCAUUUAAAAAAGGAGCAAAAAGUAUUAAAGAAUGUUUGAAGAUGUCUGGUAAAGCCAACUGGUCUUCUCCAAGUAGUUGCCUUUCUCAUCUCUGUCAAAAUGGAGGAUCGUGCAGAUCUAUCCCGCUUGGUUUUAUUUCAUGCGAUUGUCAGCGAGGAUUUUAUGGAUCUGUCUGUGAGCUGGCAAUCGAUGAUUGCAGUUCAGGUCCAUGUCUGAAUGGCGGCCAGUGUAGUAACAAAAAGCCUUCAGGUUAUGAGUGUCAAUGUCCACCAGGUUUUCAUGGUAAAAACUGUCAGGAUGACAUUGAUGAAUGCAUACCAAACCCUUGCUUAAACAAUAGCACUUGUGAAGAUUUGAAUAAUGGGUAUUUUUGUGAUUGCUUGGAGGGAUUUCAAGGACUAAAUUGUGAUGAAAACAUUGAUGAUUGUUUUAAUGGUCCCUGUGGUGAUCAUGGGCUUUGCAUUGAUGGUGUGGCAAAUUACACCUGCUCUUGUACUGAUGGUUAUUCAGGCCGUUACUGUGAAACAGAACCUGCUGAUCCGUGCUUUGAAGAAAAUCCUUGCCUCAAUGGUGGCUCUUGUGUCCCUUUAAAUACAAAAAAAUACAGGUGCAUUUGCCCACCUGGCUGGGAAGGUGAGCAUUGUAAUAAAGAACUUAAUGGCUGUUUACCCUCACCAUGUUUAAACAAUGGCACUUGUGUAAAAAGGAAGGAAGGAAAAUUCCUAUGCCACUGCCCAGCAAACUUUGCCGGAUACAUCUGCCAAACAAGUCUGCAUUCAAAUUUUAUUUUGUAUAUGCAUUCUCCAAGUGUUACCGACUAUUCCAUGGUCGAUUUUCCCUCACAAAAUUUCACUGAGUUGACGACGUGUCUCUGGCUGAAGUCUAAAGAUGGUUUUAAUUAUGGCACCGCAUUUUCCUAUGCUACUGAAAAUCAAUCUAACACAUUCACUCUGACAGAUUACAAUGGGUUUGUGUUGUAUGUCAAUGGGGACCGAGUUGUUACCGAUGUCUCAGCCAAUGAUGGACUCUGGCAUCAUAUAUGUGUUCUUUGGCAAAGUAAUCAGGGUUUGUGGAGCAUACACCUUGACGGAGUUCUAAGAGAUAUGGGAUCUGGACUGUCCUCAAAUCAUCACGUCCGAGGUGGGGGAAAAUUGGUUUUAGGACAAGAGCAGGACAGAAUUGGAGGAGGGUUUAGUGAGUCUGAGUCACUCAUUGGGCGUGUUUAUAAGCUAGAUGUGUGGGAUUACAUGUUGAGCUUCACUAGAAUUAUCACUCUGGCUAGAGAAUGCACACUAAGUCUUGAUGGUUCUGUUGUCAGAUGGACUGAUUUUCUACCCAAUAUUCGUGGUAAAAUUAAGGUGGAAAAUUCAACAUUUUGUUCAGAAUGCCCUACUCUUGCCUCCUUAUGGCAUGGAACUGUGAAAUUGGUCAAAGCAAAUGAUGUAACUUAUGCCUCUUAUGAGUGUGAUGAUGGUUUUGUAAUACAUAAAUCCAAAUUGACAUCUGUCAAGAGGUAUUGUCUUAAGCAUGGGUCUUGGGAAGGAGAUCCACCUGAGUGUGUGCGCCGUAGCUGUGGUUUCCCAGGCUACCUUCCCGGUGGGACAUUCACCGGACGCUCAUUUCUUUAUACAGACACGAUUAAGUACAUGUGUCACUUUGGUGCCCAAAUCCUUGGAAACACAACCAGAGUUUGUGAGGCUAAUGGAAAAUGGAGUGGGGAGCCUCCCAUAUGUAAAGGUAGUGAGUGCCAACCUCUGAAGGCACCAGAACAUGGUGUAAUUGCUUUGGGCAAAAAAGCUGGGGGUAUUCAAAUUGCUACUUUUUCAUGUGACAAUGGGUUCCAUGUUGAUGGUGCUCAUAUUCUUACAUGCAUGUAUGAUGGUACCUGGGAUGAAACAAUGCCAGAUUGUCUACGUAACUCAUGUCCUAGUCCACCUGAAAUUUCUCAUGGUGGUUUUGAGAAAAAUUCACGGAAACAGUUUUUGUACGAAGAAAAAGUAUAUUAUGAGUGUGAACCUGAAUAUGAACUGGCCCCUGGGAGUCCUGGUGUCAUGCAGUGUAAUGAAGAGGGAAACUGGUGUCCACACUGGCCCAAUCCAGAAGAUCAGUCUAAUGCGACCUUGCCUGUAUGUGAGCUGAAACAUUGCUUGCAGCCUGAAAACCUGGAACAUGGCUCAUGGAAACUCAAGCAUGGCUUGGUAAUCGCCAAUGCCAAUUAUUCUCUAGGCUCGGUGGUGGCAGCUGUGUGUGAAACUGACUACAAUAUUUCUGGACCUAAGAACAAACUUUGCAAAGAUAAAGUGUGGUGGCCAUUGGAAAUAACUCAGUGUGCAAAGGUAACAUGUGAUACCGAGGGGCUUCCAUAUGAUUUACCUCAUUCAAUUCUUGAUCUCACUGGAGAGGAAGUUCAUGACAAAGCCACCCUUUCUUGUAAGAAAACAUAUCGACUUAGCAGAGCGAAAGGUGGGUCAUUGGAAUCCAACGACUAUAUUGCAGAACGAGUGCCAGGAGGGAAAUUAUCUUGGGAGUGCAAACUUGAUGGUUCUUGGAGCAUGAGUGGUUCUCAAGAGUCAACUAGUAGUGAAUUUGAACUAUUAGCGUGUUUACCAGAGUUACAGGAGAAUGUUACAGAUUUGAAUGUUGCAUGUGACCACCCCAAGGCCCCUGAGUUUGGAUAUGUCGCUUCUGACAGAUUGGAAAUCAAAAAUUCUGUAGGCACUUUUGUUGAAGUGCGAUGCAGACCAGGAUUUUGGCUUGAUGGACCAUCCACAAUGGUAUGUGGCAAAAAUGGAACAUGGCUUAGUACUUCUUCCUGCAAACCCAUUAAAUGUCAGUCACCACCCAACUUCCCAAAUAUGGUCUUGAUUAGUACGACUGCUGUUGGCCAGGAUGAAGAAUUUGGUAACAUGGUAACUUUUGAAUGUCAAUCUGGUUUUCAGAGAGGUGGUGAUCUUAGUAUAAGAUGUCAAUUAACAGGAACCUGGUCACCAAUGAGAGGUAAAUGUAUUCUCCCUUCUUGAAUGGUACAAGCUGAAAUAGUUGUAGAAUUUUUCUCACCCUUUAGGUGUAUAGUUUGUACUUUUAACAUUUGGACUUCCAGGUUUAUUGAGCAAUAAAAUUGUUUUGAUUAUAAAACAGACUUAGCAAAAGGA